AUAAAAAUCACUCUGAAUUACAUUAAUACAGGCUUAUAACAAAAUAAAGGAAAAAGAAAAGCUACAAGACAUCGGAGACAAGAACAACGAUGGCAGUCGCAUCUCCUCUUACUUUUCUCACUCCUCUUUCUCUAAAAUCUUCUCGCGCUUUCUCUCCUCUCGGCAACGUCUCUAAUUGUUCAUUUGCACUGAGCAAUUGCGGUAUCAAAACAGUCACAAGUCUGGUGCUGGGAUUCAAUGGCUCAACAAGAAGAAGAUCCAUGUCUGUUCGAGCUUCGUUCGGGUCCAGGCUCGAAGAGAGCGUCAAGAAGACUGUUGAUGAGAAUCCAGUUGUUGUUUACUCAAAAACUUGGUGUUCGUAUUCAUCUGAGGUGAAAGCAUUGUUCAAGAAGCUUGGUGUGGAUCCGUUGGUUAUCGAAUUAGACGAACUGGGCCCACAAGGACCCCAGAUUCAGAAGUUACUGGAGAGGCUUACUGGACAACACACUGUUCCAAAUGUGUUUAUUGGGGGGCAGCACAUUGGAGGUUGCACAGAUACUUUGAAACUAUAUAGGAAAGGAGAACUUGAAACUCUGUUGUCAGAAGCUACUGCUAAGAGCACACAGGGCUAGAAUGCUCGUCACCGUUGAGAAAUAUAAUCCCCUUGCACAUCUUGGAUAUCUUAAGAAUUCAUGCUUCAUUUCUGCUUCUUCAGAUCAGUACUUUUUAACUUCAUUGACCUAGAUCUACUUUUAACUCCUCUAUAUUGAUAUCUUCAGUUUAAUUGUAUAUUGAACUUAUUAAAGUCUAUUGUCACAUAAUCAUGUUAGAACCUUCUUAAGUGGUUAAAAACCCUUGAGAGGGGGAAUGGACUCUUUCUUUGUAUAAAACAAAUAAUUAGCAUUUCUUUUUCCUGGCCCUCAUACUAAUCUCUUUGUCCUUGUUCAGUUUGAACUCUAAAUUUUGUCUUCUUUAUUAUUAGAUGCUAGUGUUUA